AUGGAUAACCUCGACGAUGACUGGGAUCUGCCGGUCUCAAAGAAUAUCAGCAGAGAGCUGUUCGCCACAUAUGCUGAAAAUGAGGCCUUUGAUGUCGACAAUUUUUUGCUAGAAAACAACUUUCAUUAUGUUCCGCUAGAUACAUUGUCAAAAGACCUGACGCUAUUGACACAAGAAGUGGAUCGGGCCCUAUUGGACGCUUCCAGCCAAAGUUACGAUGAUUUCGUCAAGUUAUGUGAUCAAUUCUCGGACAACGCGGAGACAAGACCAGAGCUACAAAACGUGAGAGUUGAUCUCAGACAGUUUUCUAGUCAGUUGGGUAAUUUAUCCCAGGUUGAAAUGACCAACACUAAGGAAAUUGUAGCUGAUACGGUAGACUACCUGAAGUCUCUAGAUAAGUUGUCAACACUAUUACAAGGCACUAUGGCUCUCACGACGAAUCUUCAAUUAGCUGGAAAGCUAUGUGACGCCUUGGACGCCCUUUGCGCGGAAGACGACGAACAUUUGGAACAGACAUUGUGUAGUGAUCUGGUCACACACCUUCACAAAAUCACCACUGAAGCACACUCGUCGCUACUGCCAUUGCAGCAUAUAGACGCUCCCUUGAUACUGCAACUCAGAUCAGAAUAUCAAGGUAUCCUAUCUCAGUUCCAGGCUUGUCUGCAUGUCUUGAGCAAUAGAUGCCUUACGAAUCCCGCUGCAUUUGAAAUUUUAGCAAUCAACCUCAAAAGCUUGAUACCCAAAGCCGGGGCACAAUCAACCACCAAUCAAUGA